CUCUCGCAGUGCGUGGACAACAUCCGCUGCAACGGCCUGAUGAUGAACGCCUUCGAAGAGAACUCCAAGGUCACUGUGCCCCAGAUGAUCAAGUCUGAUGCCAGCUUGUAUUGUGAUGAUGUUGACAUUAGGUUCAGUAAAACGAUGAAUUCCUGCAAGGUCCUGCAGAUCCGCUAUGCCAGCGUGGAGCGGCUGCUGGAGAGGCUGACGGACCUGCGCUUCCUGAGCAUUGACUUCCUCAACACCUUCCUGCACUCCUACCGGGUCUUCACCACCGCCCUCGUCGUCCUUGACAAGCUCAUCACCAUCUACAAGAAGCCAAUCAGUGCCAUCCCUGCACGGUCCCUGGAGCUCCUGUUUGCAAACAGCCAGAACAACAAGCUGCUGUAUGGGGAGCCCCCCAAGUCCCCCAGAGCCAACCGCAAGUUCUCCUCACCCCCUCCGCUCUCCAUCACCAAGUCCUCAUCCCCCAGCCGCCGGAGGAAGCUGUCCCUCAACAUCCCCAUAAUCACGGGGGGGAAGGCGCUGGACCUGGCGGCGCUCAGCUGCUCCUCCAAUGGCUAUGCCAGCAUGUACUCUUCCAUGGCUCCCUUCAGUAAGACCACCCUGGACAUCAACAAACUGUACGUGUCCGGUAGCUACCCCAAUAAAAUCACUGAUGAAGGAGAAGCAUCCUCAGAAAAGCAAGAGGAGUCGCUGUCAGGCAAGCAAAGCUCAGAUGUGUCUGUCAGGGAAGAGUCGGACAUGGAUCCCAACCACAGUGAUGAAGCAGAAACUGAAACUUCUCCAACGAAAUCUCCGACGACUCCCAAGUCCAUCAAGUGCAAAAAUUCAUCAGAUUUCUCGCUCUUUUCCUACAACAACGGGGUGGUCAUGACAUCCUGCCGCGACCUCGACAGCACCCGCAGCGCCCUGUCCGCCACCUCCGCCUUCGCCAUUGCCACGGCGGGGGCCAACGAGGGCACCCCCACCAAGGAGAAGUACCGCAGGAUGUCCCUCGCCAGCGCAGGCUUCCCGACAGACCAGCGGAACGGAGACAAGGAGUUCGUGAUCCGGAGAGCAGCCACCAACCGCGUCCUCAAUGUGCUGCGGCACUGGGUCUCCAAACACUCGCAGGACUUCGAGACCAAUGAGGAGCUGAAGUUCCGGGUGAUUGGAUUCCUGGAGGAGGUCAUCCACGACCCUGAGCUCCUGACCCAGGAGAGGAAAGCAGCUGCCAACAUCAUCAGGACCUUGACACAGGAGGAUCCAGGAGACAACCAGAUAACCCUAGAGGAGGUUGUGCAGAUGGCUGAAGGGGUCAAAGCAGAACCCUUUGAAAACCACUCAGCCCUGGAGAUUGCGGAACAGCUGACGCUGCUGGAUCACCUGGUCUUCAAGAAGAUUCCCUAUGAAGAGUUCUUCGGGCAAGGCUGGAUGAAGCUGGAGAAGAACGAGAGGACUCCGUACAUAAUGAAGAACACAAAACACUUUAAUGAUGUCAGCAACUUGAUAGCGUCGGAGAUCAUCCGUAACGAGGAGAUCAACGCGCGGGUGAGCGCCAUCGAGAAGUGGGUGGCGGUGGCAGACAUCUGCCGCUGCCUGCACAACUACAACGCCGUCCUGGAGAUCACUUCCUCCCUCAACCGCAGUGCCAUCUUCCGCCUCAAGAAAACAUGGCUCAAGGUCUCCAAGCAGACGAAGGCUCUGAUUGAUAAGCUGCAGAAGCUGGUGUCGUCAGAGGGCAGGUUCAAGAACCUGAGGGAGGCACUGAAAAAUUGUGACCCUCCAUGCGUCCCCUACCUGGGAAUGUACCUGACUGACCUGGCAUUCAUUGAGGAGGGGACCCCGAACUACACCGAGGAUGGCCUGGUGAACUUCUCCAAAAUGAGGAUGAUCUCGCACAUAAUAAGGGAGAUCCGCCAGUUCCAGCAAACCUCCUACAAGAUUGAGCACCAGCCUAAGGUGACGCAGUACCUGCUGGACCACUCGUUUGUGAUGGACGAGGAAACUCUUUACGAAGCUUCUCUGCGAAUAGAGCCCAAACUGCCUUCAUGA